AUGCCAUUUGUCCAGGUUGUGGGUAUGAUGUCGACUGGGAAGUCUUUUUGUAUCGCACAUGCCGUUAUUUGUAAAGAACGAAGGGGUAACUACGUGUGGGUGCUUGAGCGGAUCAAGUCAAUAUUGCAUGAAUGUAUGAUGCCGCGUGUGAUAGUCACGGAUAGGGAGCUUGCCCUAAUUAACGCGUGUUCUAAAGUAUUCCCGAACGCAACCAGGCUUCUAUGCCACUUUCACAUCCAACAAAAUAUAGCUAGAAAGUGCAAGAAAGGGUUCGAUAAAGAAGAUUGGGGGAAAUUUAUGUCGUACUGGCGGACAUUGUGCGAAUCUUCAUCAGAGCCCAUGUACAAGUACAACUUGGAGAAAAUGUAUAACCGACUCGUGGUUGCCAACCGAGAAAGUGUCUAUGAUUACGUCUACGAAAACUGGCUCAAAGACUAUAAAGAAAUGUUCGUUUAUGCGUGGACCGAUAAGUGUCGCAACUUUGGUCAGCGCACCACCAACAGAGUUGAGAGCCAGCACGCAAAUUUAAAAAGAUACAUUACGCGCGGGAGUUCAUUGGAGCGAAUAGCAAGAUGCAUCAUUGAUAUAGUUGAAACUCAGUACGAUGAAAUACAAAAAAGUUUCACUAAGAGCAUCGAAAAAACGAUGAACCACCACAGACACCGAAUGUUGGACAACCUACGUGGAAAGGUUUCCCAUGAAGCACUUGAUUUGCUGGAAAAAGAGCUACUGAGGAAGAUGGAUGUGUUGCGGAAACUUAACGCAUCAUGUGGUUGCCAUAUGUGGCUUAGCAAAGGAUUGCCGUGUGCUUGUAGGCUAGAAAACUACAAACGUACAGGGCGUAUAAUACAACUCGACGACAUAGAUGUAUUCUGGCGUAAGCUUGACUUGCUCCCAUGUAAACUGGUAGACGAGGAGGUCGAUAUUGUAGCAGAGCUAAAUAAUGUGCGGCAACAUUUAGAGGCGCAGUCCCCCGUUCAGCAAAAGAGUAUGCUUUCAAAGAUAAAAGCGGUCUUCACCCCGAAAUCGUCAACCAAGAAACCACCGAUCGUCCAGCAAAAUACUCGCGGUCGGCCUACAUCAAAGAAAGUACAAGAAAGGCUAGAUGAAGCUGCGAGGUUAGACGAAGCUGCGAGAUACAGCUCCUAUGGCAAGGACAGCAACGUAUAUACCGCUUCCCCCAAACAUAGGUACGAUUUACCCCGACACAGCUCAUACGUACCAUCAGAGGGCUCUCGUGGAACUGGUUCGUUUGUGAAGUCUGAAAAACCUAAAAUGCAACCAAACAGUUCAAUAAGUUCUAAAAAGAAGGAGACGCGGGAUGAUAAGGUUUUUCCAUUAAUAAAGGGGGACGAGCACUUGUUAUGCAUUAAGAGGUUUAAGAAUCAAAUUCCAUCAGAGUUUCACUCUUACAUAUCGCGUAUACAAGAUGUGACCCCAGACGGUCAUUGUGGGUAUAGGUCUGUGGCUGUCGGGUUAGGUUUUACGGAACACGCAUGGCCCAAUAUUCGAAGAGAUUUACUACUGGAGAUUGACCAUAACAAACCGCGUUGGAAGCAUGUAUUCGAAACAUAUAACGAAGGAGACUUUAAACGAAUACGUAACAGCAUCGAAUGGCAUUCAGUGAAAGGGUGCGAUGAAAGUCACUGGAUGGAAAUGGCCCAGGUAGGGUUUCUAGUAGCGCAAAGGUAUAAUAUUGUCCUCCACGUGCUAAACAUUGAAUGGAGCUCUACCAUCUUCCCAUUAACGGAUGCCCCACUAGAUCCAUGA